AUCGGAAAUCUCACAUCAUUGCAGUCUCUUGACCUCUCUGGCUGCACUUCUUUGGCAUCACUUCCACAGUCCAUCGAAAAUCUUACAUCAUUGCAGUCUCUUGACCUCUCUGGCUGCACUUCUUUGGCAUCACUUCCCGAGUCCAUCGAAAAUCUCACAUCAUUGCAGUCUCUUUACCUCUCUCGCUGCACUUCUUUGGCAUCACUUCCGGAGUCCAUCGGAAAUCUCACAUCAUUACAGUCUCUUUACCUCUCUCGCUGCACUUCUUUGGCAUCACUUCCGGAGUCCAUCGGAAAUCUCACAUCAUUGCAGUCUCUUAAACUCUCUGGCUGCACUUCUUUGGCAUCACUUCCGGAGUCCAUCGGAAAUCUCACAUCAUUGCAGUCUCUUAAACUCUCUGGCUGCACUUCUUUGGCAUCACUUCCGGAGUCCAUCGGAAAUCUCACAUCAUUGCAGUCUCUUUACCUUUCUCGUUGCACUUCUUUGGCAUCACUUCCGGAGUCCAUCGGAAAUCUCACAUCAUUGCAGUCUCUUAAACUCUCUGGCUGCACUUCUUUGGCAUCACUUCCCGAGUCCAUCGGAAAUCUCACAUCAUUGCAGUCUCUUUACCUCUCUGGCUGCACUUCUUUGGCAUCACUUUAUGAGUCUAUCGGAAAUCUCACAUCAUUGCAGUCUCUUUACCUCUCUGGCUGCACUUCUUUGGUAUCACUUCCGGAGUCCAUCGGAAAUCUCACAUCAUUGCAGUCUCUUGACCUCUCUGACUGCACUUCUUUGGCAUCACUUCCGGAGUCCAUCGGAAAUCUCACAUCAUUGCAGUCUCUUUACCUCUCUCGCUGCACUUCUUUGGCAUCACUUCCGGAGUCCAUCGGAAAUCUCACAUCAUUGCAGUCUCUUAAACUCUCUAGCUGCACUUCUUUGGCAUCACUUCCGGAGUCCAUCGGAAAUCUCACAUCAUUGCAGUCUGUUUACCUCUCUGGCUGUACUUCUUUGGCAUCACUUCCGGAGUCUAUCGGAAAUCUAUCAUUGCAGUCUCUUGACCUCUCUGGUUGCACUUCUUUGGCAUUACUUCCGGAGUCCAUCGGAAAUCUCACAUCAUUGCAGUCUCUUGACCUCUCUGACUGCACUUGUUUGGCAUUAUUUCCACAGUCCAUCGGAAAUCUCACAUCAUUGCAAUCUCUUAACCUCUCUGGCUGCACUUCUUUGGCAUCACUUCCGGAGUCCGUCGGAAAUCUCACAUCAUUGCAGUCUCUUUACCUCUUUGACUGCACUUCUUUAGCAUCACUUCCGGAGUCCAUUGGAAAUUUCACAUCAUUGCGGUCUCUUGACCUCUCUGGCUGCACUUCUUUGGCAUCACUUCCGGGGUCCAUCAGAAUUCUCACAUCAUUGCGGUCUCUUGACCUCUCUGGCUGCACUUCUUUGGUGUCACUUUUGGAGUCCAUCACAAAUGUCACAUCAUUGCAGUCUCUUGAUCUCUCUGGCUGCACUUCUUUGGUAUCACUUCCAGAGUCUAUCAAAAAUCUCACAUCAUUGCUGUCUCUUGACCUCUCUGGCUGUACUUCUUUGGUAUCACUUCCAGACUCAAUAAAGAGGCUCACAUCAUUGCAACAAUUUCGUGUCAGUGGUUGCUGUGCUUUAAAGCAAAGAUACGGACCGAAGUUAGAGGGUGUGGAUUGGCCAGGACUUGCUCACAUACCAGAUGUUUAUUGGCCUAGUGAAUAAACAAUCGGCUUUCUGAUCAUCUGUUUUAACGAAAUUAGGUCCUCAUCAUGUUUUUGUGCGUGCCGCUGCUAUGUUACGUGUUCAAGAAAAGACGUUGCUGCUGCUGCUGGUCAAGUCCAAAUUCUAUUUCUUGUGCAUUUACGGAAUCUUCGAAGUUGUGGGCUAAACUCUUUUAAAAGGACUUUUAAUUACUAUUGACUCUGUUGAUGAAUGAAUAAAUUGUGGAAAUUGUGCUGAAGUAGAAUUUUUAUAUUUCCCGGAUUUGAUGUUGUGUAAAUGUAAUUGCUUAAAUGAUAUCACAUGUUAUGGGUUAGCAUUAUUCCACUUAAAUGCUUGUAUUA